GAAGAAACCUCUGAGGGUGGUUACUUAAGAAAAUCAUUACAGGAACUUGGCCCAAGUGCCAGCAUGGAAUUUCUUGUGAAUGAACUUCAGAGAUAUAGUCAGCAAAAGCAGCCGAAUCGGCAGAAAGUGGAUAAAUACAAGGGUCUCUUGGAACUUCUUAAAUUCUUGGUUGUUGUAGAAAGCCCAAUCAGUUUUGAAGAAGCAUUCGAAACCUAUGAUGGGCAUCAAUCAUAUUGGCAGGACACGCUGGCAGGAAAGCUAGAAUUUCGAGAUCAUCUUCUUCAUCCUGUGCACGGGCUUCCCGUUUACGUUUUGUUCAAACCUAAUCACUUUCAUGUUGUUGCUAUUCGUCCUGAUGGAAGUCAUCAUACAGAAUCUUUGCUGCAGUGGUUACUUUUAGACCACAACCGACCAAGUGAUGAUAUUGUCGAUGAAAACAAGGGCCUUACACUAAACGCUAGCAACACAAGUGCGAUUUUAGAGUCUAUGGAUACUAAAUGGGAUCGCAAAUGUGCGCGUGUAAUCCUUACCUCAUCUAGAUCGAACUCUGAACUAGAAAAUCUCGGUUUGGAUGCAAACAGUGUUCGCAGUGCUAGUAAAGUGAUUGUGAAUGGAGUGUAA